UCUCCCCCAGUAGCAGCGUGUGCCUCUGCCCUAAAGAUUCAUACACACGGCAUCAGGCCCAAACUGGAGAUUGUGGCACUAACCAUGGUGCCACAAAUAACCACAGGCCAGGCACUGGCUGCAGUCCAACGGCAUUUAUUUAUGUUUGUGUUUUAAUGACACAGGGUUAAGCAGACCUGAGCUAAAUUAUUCUAUUUUAUUCCUGGUGACCGUCUCCGUAGAGGAGAUCAGAAUUAGUUAACUCAAGAAACAGGUUAGGUUGUCAUUGCCGCCUUCUAAAAUAAGGAAACAUAGAGAACCCAAUGGCUGAAUGGUUAAUUAUCAAUUAAGGUAGUUGCAAUAUAUAGGAAGGCCGGUAUUUUUUUCCAGAAAAGACGGCAUCCAUAUCGGUAAAUAAUCAUAACACAGCAGUAUGGGUAUCACCACAGGGAAGGUAUUGUAGGAAUAUCAGCCUGUGUUUCCAACCUCACUUUCAGACUAGACUUUGGUGUUGUUCACUGGGAAUUGUAGUUUUUUUUCCUUGGUCAAAUCCUGUCCUGAUAGGAUGAUUAAGACCACAACUCCCUGUAGUCCUUCCAGUUUCUUCUUGAAUUGCACAGCUUUCCAAUUAGAGCAGAGGGAACCCGCCUCAUGGCUCACAGCUGGUAAUCGUGUUACUGAAUAUCUUCAUGAAGGAGCUAUUAAAGCCUCAACUGCUAUGUAACAACUGCAAGUGAGAGAGGAGCACCAAUUCCCAUUACUGAGGCACUCUGCUGCUUUCUUUGGUUUGAUUGGCAUGGAGAGAAGUGGCUUAAUCCCUGAUGGUGUGUAUAUGUCCAAGAGUCUCUGUGGCAGUAGAAAGACCAACUCCACACAAAUAUACACAGAUAAGAAUGACAUGCGGUUUGAAGACAUAGAGGUUCAGUUCUCAGAGGAAGAGUGGGGAUUCCUGAAUGAACAACAGAAGCUGCUUUACAAGGAAGUGAUGUCAGAGAAUUACCUUAUGCUUCUAUCUCUAGUUGGAAAUCCAGAUGUGUGGCCAAUAAAAUACAACACAUUAAACCUGGAUGACAAAGUGCAACUGCUGAGCGACCUUCCUUCAUGUGACAUUUUGUCCCCAACCGUCAGUUCAUAUCACCUCCAGAAAAUCAAGGUGAAUUCAGGUGGCAGUGCGGGUGAUGUUCUGCAGCUGUUGGAUAACGGCAGAAAACAUAAACGUAAAGUCAGUCGCAGGAAACAAAACCACAGGAAAAAACCUGUCAAACUUGUUCCGGUAAGCAGAAAACCGCUGGCCUGCUCUGAGUGUGGCAAACGGUAUGUGAAGAAGCUGUGCCUGGUAAAACAUGAGAGAAGCCACUUGGAGAACCCACUCCACAAAUGCAGUGAAUGUGGCAAGUGCUUCUCUCAUAGCUAUCAUCUGCUCAGACACGUGAGGAGCCACACCAUUGAGAAACCGUUCCACUGCCCCGAUUGUGGCAAAUGCUUUUCGGAUAGUUCCACUCUGCAGAAGCACCAGAGAAUCCACUCAGGAACGAAACCUUUUGAAUGUUCAGACUGCGGGAAAUGCUUUACCAUAAGCACUUACCUGAUUGUACACCAGAGAACCCACACAGGGGAAAAACCCUAUAAGUGCAGCGAGUGUGACAAAAGCUUCAGCCAAAGCUCGGCCCUAAAUGUACACCAGAGGAUUCACACCGGGGAGAAACCCUAUGCCUGCACUUUUUGCGGGAAAACAUUCAACCACCAUUCACAUCUUAUUACCCACCGAAGAAUACACACAGGAGAGAAACCGUUUGCAUGCACAGACUGUGACCGGAAAUUUAACCACAGCUCCCACCUUGUAUCUCACAGGAGAAGACAUACAGGAGAGAAACCCUAUGCCUGCACCGAAUGUGACCGGGCCUACGCUCAGAGGCAGCAGCUUGUAAGGCACCUGAAGACACAUGUAGAGGAAGGACUGAUAUAGUGUCGUCCCUAUGACCUCAUGUUUAAGGAUAUGUAAAGGCAGUGUUGAUGUAAAGCACUUUUGCAGUUAAAAUAAUAAAUAUCCUAAGUAGUA